AUGGCCGGGACAGGGGAGCAGCGGGGACGGGCAGGUGAGGAUGCCGUGACAAGCUCCGUCUGCCGCAAGCCGGGUGGCACCGCUGCCACCAGCACUGUGAUGCCGGGGCUGGGCAGGGGUGACAGCCGCGACACGCGGCGUGGCACCAACGGGGACGGGGGAGUGGGGCAGCAGACGCUGGUGAGAUGGAGGGGCACGGCGCAAUGGUUUGGCGUCAGCAGCGACUGGGAGGGGAAGCGGCAGCAGUGGCAACGCAAGAGCUUGCAGCACUGCAGCAUGAGAUACGGCAAGCUGAAGCCUGCCUACCGCGACAUGGAGCUGCCCAGCCAGGAGGUGCCCUCCUUCCAAGGCACCGAGUCGCCCAAGCCCGCCAAGAUGCCCAAGAUCGUGGACCCGCUGGCCAGGGGCCGUCCCUUCCGCCAUCCCGAUGAGACAGACCGUCCCCACACGCCCCACCACGUCCUGCCCCCGCUCACCCCCGGCGUCGUCUCCUUGGCGUCCUUCAACAGCAUCCGCUCUGGCUACGGCCGCCUGCCGCGCAGGAAGAGGGAGUCCGUCGCCCACAUGAGCUUCAAGGCGGCCGCGGCCCUUCUCCGCGGACGUUCUGUCCUGGAGCCGCUGGCUCCCAAGCGGAGGAGCAACAAGAGGAGCUUCGUGUACCCCAGCUUCAUGGACGAGGACAUGGUGGAUGCUGCCGAUACCCUGGACUCAUCCUUCUUCAGUAAGAUGGACAUGCACGACGAGACGUACUCCAUGCCCGAUGAUGUCUUCGAGUCGCCGCCUCUAUCGGCCACGUAUUUACGCAUGCACCCAGUGGGGGAGGAUGCCAGGGCGUCCCCCGAGGUGGAGCAGCCCACCCCGCGGGAGGGUGUCCGGCUCACUUCGGCCUCCACCAGCACCGGCCCGGCUCCCCGGCGAGGCAGGCGCAUUGCUUCUAAAGUGAAGCACUUCGCCUUCGACCGCAAGAAACGCUACUAUGGGCUGGGGGUGGUGGGGAAGUGGCUGAACAGGACGUACCGCCGCAGCCUGAGCAGCAUCGUGCAGUCGCAGCUGGAGAUCACCGACAGCCACCGGCCAUAUUUCACGUACUGGAUCACCUUUGUCCACAUCCUCAUCACCUUGCUGGUCAUCGGCACCUACGGCAUCGCCCCCAUCGGCUUCACCCAGCACGUGACGACAGAGUUAGUGCUGAGGAACAAGGGCGUCUACGAGAGCGUCAAGUACAUCCAGCAGGAAAACUUCUGGAUCGGGCCCAGCUCGAUCGACCUGAUCCACCUGGGAGCCAAGUUCUCCCCCUGCAUCCGGAAGGAUCAGCAGGUGGAGCAGCUCAUCCAGCGCGAGCGGGACCGGGAGCGCGGCUCUGGCUGCUGCGUCCAGAAUGACAACUCGGGCUACAUCCAGACCCUGCCACAGGACUGUUCGCUGCGUGAGACACUGGCGACGUUCAUCAAGUGGCCGGGCAGCAACGCGCCAGCCGUGGGCUCGGGUGAGAAGCGGACGUCGGGGGCUGUGUGUCACCAGGACCCCAGGACGUGUGAGGAGCCGGCGUCCAACCCACCCCACGUGUGGCCGGAUGACAUCACCAAGUGGCCGAUCUGCACCUACGAGACCAAAACCAACCACUCGGGCUUCGCCCACAUGGACUGCCAGAUCAAGGGCAGGCCCUGCUGCAUCGGCACCAAGGGCAGCUGCGAGAUCACGACGCGGGAGUACUGCGAGUUCAUGCACGGCUACUUCCACGAGGAGGCAACGCUCUGCUCGCAGGUGCACUGCCUGGACGAGGUCUGCGGCCUCCUGCCCUUCCUCAACCCGGAGGUCCCCGACCAGUUCUACCGCCUGUGGCUGUCCCUGUUCCUGCACGUGGGCCCCGCCGGGUCCCAGUUCGGUUUGUUGGCCUGCCUCUUUGUGGAGCUCUUCCAGAGCUGGCAAGUGCUGGAGAAACCCUGGAAAGCCUUCCUCAACCUCUUUGGCAUCGUCCUCUUCCUCUUCGUCUGCGGCCUCUUGCCGUGGAUCGAUAACAUCGCUCACCUCUUCGGCUUCCUCAGCGGCCUCCUCCUCUCCUUUGCCUUCCUGCCCUACAUCACCUUCGGCACGGUGGACAAGUACCGCAAGCGAGCCAUGAUCAUCGUCUCCUUGCUGGUCUUCGUGGGGCUUUUCGCCUCGCUGGUGGUCUGGCUCUACGUCUACCCCGUGAACUGGCGCUGGGUGGAGUAUCUCACCUGCCUGCCCUUCACCAGCAAGUUCUGCGAGAAGUACGAGCUGGAGCAGGUCCUGCACUGA